CAAGUCCCAUCCCAUUAUUAUCUACAAAACCCAAAAGCCCUAGAUGAUCAUUUAUUACGGUAGAGAUAUGGUGCUACAGAACACAUCCAAUUAAAAACUAGUUAGUUUCUUGAAUCUGAUAUCAGAAAAAUUAAAUGGUGGCAAUGAAUGAUCCAAAAACUUGGGUGCCAUAUUGGAACACAAGGGACUGUUCUCAAGGAUUCUGCAGCCUAUACUGCCCACAAUGGUGUAAUUACAAGAUCACCCCUCCUCCUCCACCCUCCUCUUCCGCUCAUCGCCCCUACUUUUCACCUCUCAUUAUCGCCAUCGCCGGAAUUCUGGCCGCCGGUUUCCUCCUCAUCAGCUACUACGCCGUCAUGUCCAAGUACUGCCGGAACCGACCCCCCUCUCCGGAUCCCGGUUCAAGCCACGAGGAUCAGCCCUGCAACGCCGCCGCCGGCGAAAAUGGGCUGUGUGAAGCCCGGAUAAACUCCAUCGCCGUCUUCAAGUACCGGAAGGGAGAUGGAGCUGUGGACGGCUCAGAUUGCCCGGUUUGCCUCGGCGAAUUUCAGGAGGACGAUCGCCUCCGGCUGCUGCCGACUUGCCGCCACGCUUUCCACGUCGCGUGCAUUGAUCCGUGGCUUAAAUCCAACUCCAAUUGCCCUCUUUGCCGGGCGAGCAUUGUGUUCUCGACGGGAAAUCAAGAAAGAAGAAGCGAUGAACCGGAGAUUCCUGUUAGAGAUAAUAGGCAUGAGCAUAGUGUGAUCCCAAUCGCGGAUAAUCAUGGCGGGGAAAAUCAAGAGAUUAUUAGAAGAUCUCUGUCCAUGAAUUAUGUUUAUCAUCAAGGCCGAUUGUCGGUGGCUGAUAUUCUACGCAUGGAUGAUGAUGAUCAUUUCCCAGAUUCCCAGUUGAGACACACGCUCUCACUUUCCAGGGCCAAAUUCUUGUUUCCUAUGCUUAACAGAGGCCGACUUGCAACGAUUCCAUUCUGAAUUCUUUUCAUUUGUUCCCAUAUAUCCUCACAAUCUAGCUUAAUUAUUUCAAGAUUAUAUAUGUUAACCACAUUUUGAUUCAAA